GAACUCCCAACGGGCGGCGUUAGAGAUCAUGGAGAAGCGCGCAGCAUCAUCCAGCGCUAGACCGAGAACAGUCAUGGCUCAUGAGCUCGUCGGUUUUGCAAACGUUCCAAGCCAGACGAACGAUCCCGUGCUCCAUAAGAAGUAUCGCAGAAUGUAUGCUACGGCUAUCUCGACGCGUACGGCUGAACGAUACUGGGGUGUGCAAGUUCGCGCAUUGCGUAGGGCAACACUGGACAUGCUAGCAGAUGCCGGUCGCUGGACGCCAGCGCUGAAACGAGCUGUGGCUUCUAUAAGCUUUAUGGUCGCAUAUGGCUAUGAUGUGGAUAGCGAGAAGAGCGAUUUGGUGACUGGAGUCAACGAAAUAUUGCGGAUCUUUGAGCGCGUCAUUCAGCCUGGAGUGUGGAUAGUGGACAUCAUCCCUGCUCUCAAGUAUCUUCCGCCAUGGUUCCCAGGAGCCGGCUUCAAGCGUAUGGCGAAGCAGUGGAGGACUCAAAUAGAAGAAGUGCGCCAAAUCCCCAUGCAGCGGGUCAAGCAGGAACUUGCAGCAGGCACCGCAAAACCCUCGUUCAGUCUGACCCUGCUCGAAGAACUCGCCCUCGACCCGCAUGCGAACGUGUAUGACGAGGAUUUCAUUCGAGACACGGCGGCUUCCAUAUACUCAGCUGGGUCGGAUACGUCCGUAGCAGCUAUACAGACCUUCCUCGCCGCCAUGGUUCUGUACCCUGACGUGCAGAGGAAAUCACAGGCGGAACUGGACGCCGUGGUUGGCCGCGACCGAUUACCGACAAUCAAUGACCGCGAGCAUCUUCCUUAUUGCGCAGCCAUCGUGCAAGAGAUCCUGCGAUGGCAUCCUGUGACGCCUUUAGCGCUGCCGCACGUGCUGGAACAAGACGAACUGUUUGAAGGGUACUUAAUGCCCAAAGGCGCAGUGCUGCUGGGGAACGUGUGGGCGAUGUCAAGAGACGAGCGUGUAUACCCAUUGGCGGAUGACUUCGUGCCAGAACGCCACUUAACUCGAGAAGGCGCAGCUCUCCGCACACCAGACACGGGCCGGUACGCAUCGUUGACGUUCGGAUUUGGACGAAGGGUCUGCCCUGGUUAUGCACUGGCUGAAGCCUCGGUGUUCGCUGCCGUCAUAUCCUUCCUAUGGACUUGCAGCCUAUCAAGAACCCCAGGAACAGAGGAGGUACCAAUCGAGUUUGAGGUUAUCGGCGUGCAUCGACCGAAAGAUUUCCGCCUCGAUGUGAAAGAGAGGUUUCCGGGGGCAGCGGAUCUCGUACGCACUGGUAUCGAUAUCAAUGAAUGAAUAAUAUUG